AUGGCCUUGUGGCUCGCCGUUAAAUUCCUGGGAUCACUGAGCACUCACUGUAUCAUUUCCCUCGCACUGGCAGGUCUUCGCGAGAUGGGGCAGAAGUCAUCUUUGCCCACCAACCCAGCAAACAAUGUGGAGAAGUGUCGAGCUGCGUUGCGGCAUUGUCCUCCAGGCAAUUCACGUCGAUCCUCGUCUCUGAACAAUCUCGCCAUCAGCCUUCAAAGCAGAUUCAAGCAGCGUGGCAUCAUGUCUGACCUUGAUGAGGCCAUCGAGCUCCAUCGCGCUGCAUUACUCCUCCGCCCCCCCGGUCAUUCAGAUCGAUCCAUGUCUCUGAACAAUCUCGCCAGCAGCCUUCGAAGCAGAUUCGAGCAGCGUGGCAUCAUGUCUGACCUUGAUGAGGCCAUCGAGCUCCAUCGCGCUGCAUUACUCCUCUAUCCCCCCGGUCAUUCACUUCGAUCCAUGUCUCUGAACAAUCUCGCCAACAGCCUUCAAAGCAGAUUCGAGCAGCGUGGCGUCCAGUCUGACCUUGAUGAGGCCAUCGAGCUCCAUCGCGCUGCAUUACUCCUCCGUCCCCCCGGUCAUUCACUUCGAUCCUCGUCUCUGAACAAUCUCGCACUCAGCCUUCGAAGCAGAUUCGAGCAGCGUGGCAUCAUGUCUGACCUUGAUGAGGCUAUCGAGCUCCAUCGCGCUGCAUUACUCCUCUAUCCCCCCGGACAUUCAGAUCGAUCCAUGUCUCUGAACAAUCUCGCGCUCAGCCUUCGAAGCAGAUUCGAGCAGCGUGGCAUCAUGUCUGACCUUGAUGAGGCCAUCGAGCUCCAUCGCGCUGCAUUACUCCUCUAUCCCCCCGGACAUUCAGAUCGAUCCAUGUCUCUGAACAAUCUCGCCAACAGCCUUCAAAGCAGAUUCGAGCAGCGUGGCAUCAUGUCUGACCUUGAUGAGGCCAUCGAGCUCCAUCGCGCUGCAUUACUCCUCUAUCCCCCCGGUCAUUCACUUCGAUCCAUGUCUCUGAACAAUCUCGCCAGCAGCCUUCAAAGCAGAUUCGAGCAGCGUGGCAUCAUGUCUGACCUUGAUGAGGCCAUCGAGCUCCAUCGCGCUGCAUUACUCCUCUAUCCCCCCGGUCAUUCACUUCGAUCCAUGUCUCUGAACAAUCUCGCCAACAGCCUUCAAAGCAGAUUCGAGCAGCGUGGCAUCAUGUCUGACCUUGAUGAGGCCAUCGAGCUCCAUCGCGCUGCAUUACUCCUCUAUCCCCCCGGUCAUUCAGAUCGAUCCAUGUCUCUGAACAAUCUCGCGCUCAGCCUUCGAAGCAGAUUCGAGCAGCGUGGCAUCAUGUCUGACCUUGAUGAGGCCAUCGAGCUCCAUCGCGCUGCAUUACUCCUCUAUCCCCCCGGACAUUCAGAUCGAUCCAUGUCUCUGAACAAUCUCGCCAACAGCCUUCGAAGCAGAUUCGAGCAGCGUGGCAUCAUGUCUGACCUUGAUGAGGCCAUCGAGCUCCAUCGCGCUGCAUUACUCCUCCGUCCCCCCGGACAUUCAGAUCGAUCCAUGUCUCUGAACAAUCUCGCCAACAGCCUUCGAAGCAGAUUCGAGCAGCGGGGCGUCCAGUCUGACCUUGAUGAGGCAUUUAGCUUGUAUUUGCAACUCUCCUGCUUAUCAAAUGCAGCAUCCCGCACAGAUCUUAGUGUUGCCAAGUCAUGGGCAGCCUCCGCCGACACCCUCAAUCACGACUCUGCAUUGCUUGCCUAUAAGACUGCACUGAAAUUCCUAGAUCAGCACGUUGCUCUCUUUGUUCGUCAUGGUGCGCUGAUGACUGCGGUAGAGCUGGUGGAGCAAGGUCGCGCAGUAUUCUGGACCCAGUUGGCACGCUUCAGCACACCACUCGAUGAACUUUCUGUUUCGAGCAAUACUGGCACAGCCUUGGCAGAAGAGUUCAAGCGGUUGAGUUUUCGUCUUCAUAACGUGUUCGAUCAGUCUACUGGAGACCAGUCUCCCCAAAUCCGACAACUGACCAUGCAAUGGGAUGACGUCGUCUCGCGCAUUCGCAUGCUUCAUGGCUUUUCGCGUUUCCUCCUGCCUCCCCUGUUCUCCGACCUACAGAAAGCUGCAGAAGAUGGUCCAGUCAUUGUUCUUAAUGCAAGCCAAUAUGGCUGUGACGCCUUGAUUAUCCAUAGCACAGAAGAUCCUGUCCACGUUUCGCUUGACACUACGCAAGCCGAAGUGUCCGAGCUCUCCUCCGAGUUCCAGUCACUUGCAGGGGUGUUCGGUUCUUCUGAUCGUCAAUACACGCUUGUUCGCAUCCUUCGCAAGCUUUGGGAUCACGUCGUUCAACCCAUAAUCCAAUCCCUCGAGAAGUCCAAAAUCCCCCCUCGCUCGCGUAUCUGGUGGUGUCCCACUGCUGAAUUCACCCUGCUUCCUAUCCAUGCAGCAGGACCCUACGAGGAGAAAAAAGACAAUUUGUCUGACAUUUACAUCUCUUCUUACACCCCCACUUUGGCGACUCUCAUUCGUGCGAGAAAGCAGGUUUCUCGAGAUCCGUCCUCGCAACAUUUUGUUGCCAUUGGUCAAGCGAACCCAGACAGAGGGAAGGGACUCAGAUGUGUCGCUCCCGAGCUAGCCAUCGUAGCCAAGCGUGUCGAGCCCGUCGUGUCGUCCUUCACAUCGCUUGAGGAUAGCGACGCAACAGUGCAGGGUGCACUCGAUGCACUCAAUCAUAAUCAGUGGCUUCACCUAGCUUGCCAUGGAAUGCCGAAUCGACAACAACCAUUUGAAUCUUCAUUCGCCAUGCGCGAUGGGCCUUUGAUGAUAAAGGACAUCAUCCGAUCCAACUGGCAGAACUCGGAGUUUGCAUUCUUAUCGGCCUGCCACACUACCGUGGGCGAUGAGAAGAGUCCCGACGAGUCGAUCCAUCUUGCUGCAGCUAUGCAAUUUUGCGGAUUUCGCAGUGUGAUUGGUUCUAUGUGGUCUGUUGACGACGAGGUUGCACGCCAGGUCGCGUCUGUCUUCUACCGUAAACUCAUUCGAGUUGAUGAUUCAAGGAGAUUGGACUGCACACACGCUGCGGCAGCGCUGCACAAGGCUGUGAAGUCGUUGCGCAACAAGAUUCCACUAGAACAGCAGAUUGUAUUUGUCCACAUGGGUGUGUAGUUCUCCAGAGACUCGAUUCGCUAUAUUAUUACAUUUGCUGUAUUUUUAGUCGUUUUCAUUCCCUCGCUCUCCUGUUGCUUACUUACUUGAUGAUAUUUCUACAUGAUACUUUGUCGUUCUGUUCCGUAGUAGUGCCACACACACGGCUUCGUUGAAUGAAUCUGAUUC